AUGCACCACUUCAGCAAAACAGGAGGUUUCGACCUCGAAAAAACAGCCAGCGCCAAACCAGCCUCGAGCAAGGGGUCCAGCUCCGGCUCCGGUUCCGGCAUUGUCGAUGCUGAUGCCGCCAAGUUAGCCGAGAUGGGUUACACGCAGGAUUUGAACCGCAAUUUCUCCAUUCUAUCGUUGGUCGGAAUUGCAUUCUGCAUGUCUAACUCGUGGUUCGGUAUUUCUGCCUCUAUGAUCACCGGUAUCAGCUCCGGUGGCACGCCACUGAUUAUCUACGGUCUGUUGUGGAUUACUGUCAUUUCGCUGGGCGUGGGUUCUUCUCUCGCUGAGCUUGCUAGCGCCAUGCCCAAUGCCGGUGGUCAGUACUUCUGGGCCCACGAGCUGGCGCCGCGGAAGUAUGCCCGCUUUGCCUCUUACCUGACCGGCUGGCUUGGAUACGCAGGUGCUAUCUUUGCAUGCUCCAGUGUCGUUCUCGGUCUGGGUGAAGGUGUCGUGGGCAUGUGGCAGCUGGGCCACCCCGAAUUCGAGGUCAAGCCAUGGCACAUUGUGGUGGCUUACCAGCUGAUCAAUUUCUUCUGCUUCCUGUUCAACUGCGUUGGUAAAUUGUUGCCCGCUGUUGCCAAGGCCACCCUGUACAUCUCUCUGGUCUCCUACCUGGUUAUUUUGGUCACCGUACCAGCCUGCGCCAACCCUCAUGCCAGCGCGGAGUUUGUCUUCGGCCACUUCUCCAACUCCACGGGUUGGAAGUCGGACGGCAUGGCCUUCAUUGUCGGUCUGAUCAACCCGAACUGGAUCUUCGCCUGUCUGGAUUCCGCUACUCACCUUGCCGAAGAGGUCCCGGCCCCCGAGAAGAACAUUCCGAUUGCAAUCAUGGCCACCGUCGCCAUUGGCUUCGUGACUUCGUGGACGUACUGUAUCUCCAUGUUCUUCGGUGUCAAGGACCUCUCCGCCUUGGUGAACUCCUCCACCGGAGUCCCCAUUCUGGCACUUUACUACCAGGCUCUGGAGAACAAGGCCGGUGCCAUUGUUCUGGAAACUCUUCUGAUUGUCACCGGUAUGGGCUGCCAGAUCGCCUGCCACACCUGGCAGUCACGCCUGGCCUGGGCAUUUGCUCGUGACGGUGGCCUUCCCGGUCACCAGUGGUUGUCCCAGGUCAACAAGACUCUGGAUGUGCCGCUGGUCGCACACUCGGUGAGUUGCUUCAUCGUCGGUCUCCUUGGCCUCCUCUAUCUCGGCUCGUCCACCGCAUUCAACAGCAUGAUGACGGCGUGUAUUUCUCUCCUGUACAUGUCCUAUUCGAUCCCCGUUCUGUGUCUGUGGUACAAGGGACGUAACAACAUUCAACAUGGCCCGUUUUGGCUGGGCAAGCUCGGCUUGGCUGCCAACAUUCUGACCAUCCUGUGGACGAUCUUUUCGCUCGUGAUGUACUCGUUCCCGGCGAGCAUGCCGGUGACGACAAGCAAUAUGAACUAUGUCUCUGCCGUUUACGGUGUCGUUUUCUUCAUCAUCGCUGUCGACUGGUUUGCCCGUGGGCGCCGCUCGUUCAAGAGCGCCGAGUAUUCAGAGACCAAGAUUGAAGUUCUGGAUGAAUCUUCGGAGUAA